CUCAUAUUCUGUUCAACACUCAUCUUUCUCAUGCUACUCUGACUCAUCCGUGCAAAUGUUAAAUGCAUGUUCAAAAAAGAGGAACCUAAUUCUGAUUUCCCUCCCUCCAACUCCAUAGCCGAAACUCCUCAACCACCACCACCACCACCACCGCCGCCGCCACCACCACCACCACCAUGGGUUGGUCCUACAUUCGCGACCCAACAAAACCCGUGAACCCUUCUUCUCUUCCCUCACUCGAUCACAUUCCCUUGUCUCAACGCCUCAAAUUCUCAACCCCCAAUUCUGCUGAUUCUCCCCAAAACGACCGUCGUUCAACACCAUUCACGCCCAGACCCUCCCACGACGCCGUUGUCAAAAGGGAAUUCGCCGAUUGCGAUUCGAAGGUAGUAUGUCCCAUAAUUCAAAUUGAUGCGAGCGGAAGAGCACGGUUCAAGCAUGUCCAGCCUUCGGAUUUUCCUGCUUUGAAGGUGAAGAAGGAGGUCUCUGAAGGUGUUGUUGAUGAUGAUGACCUAGAUCAUGUUGUGCUGAAAGAACGGCAGAGGAUGCUGCUAGCUAGGAAGUUUCCUGAACUGUCAAAUCCAGCUGUUGAGGGUUGUAGGGAUGGUUUGUCUGAAAACAUUAUAGAUCAUGCUGAUGAAAAAGUAAAUGAAGUGAUUUCUUCAAUUGAUGAGAAACCAACAGUAGCUAUAGAUCAAUGUCAAGGCACUCUGGAAGGAAGAAAUACUUCACUAGUUGAGUUACCACUAGGUGCCACAUCUGGGUUGUCUUUGUCAACUGACCAUGCCUCACCUAAAUCAACAGAAUCAGUAAUUCCAGCAGGCCUUCAAGAACAUGACCAUAUGUUCAAAUUCAGAGGAACAAACAUGCAGAUUGAUUCACAUGAGGAACAUAUGCCUACAAAUAAUGAUGGCCCAAGUAGUUCAACUUGUCCAACAUCUGUCAAAAUCAAGGAUGAACCUCGGGAAUACAGCGAAAUCCACAAUUUUAUGAAGGAUGUUAUGGGUAACAUCUCUAUUAAUCUGCCUGAUGUAAAAAGUGAACGGAAAGUCCAUAAUGAAUGUGAUGAUGAUCAAGUGGAAAAUAUGAGCUUAAUUGAUCGAUUAAAUUUUCGCAUGGCUGGAGAGGAUUUAAAUAUUUCUACAAUCUACAAAUCUUUGAAGAAGACUAAGCCUUCUUCCUUUGUAUCAAGUUCUACCCCUUCCGAAUCUGCAGAACCUUCACGCAUCAAGUGUUCACGAAAAAGGAAAAAAACAGCCACUGAUUCUGUUCAAACAGCACUUGAAGAGGAUGCUCCUGGGCUCCUGCAGGUAUUGCUCGACAAAGGUGUAAUAGUUGAUGAAAUUAAGCUUUAUGGAGAGGCAGGGAAUGAUGAAGCUCUAGAUGAAUCAUUUUGUGAAGAUAACUUUUCAGAGCUUGAGGCUGUGAUAACAAAGAUUUUCUCUCAACGCCACUCUUUUAUGAAAUUCCCUGUUAUUCGUGGUGCAAAGGUCUCUAGAGCGAGUUAUUGCUUAGCUUGUCUAAUCUCACUUGUGGAGCAGACACGGUAUUUGAAAUUUCGAAAAUGGCCUGCUGAGUGGGGUUGGUGCCGAGACCUUCAAUCAUUUAUUUUUGUUUUUGAGAGACAUAACAGGAUAGUGCUGGAACGCCCUGAAUAUGGUUAUGCAACCUACUUCUUUGAACUGGUUGAAUCCUUACCUAUUGAAUGGCAGAUCAAACGGUUGGUGAUUGCUAUGAAAUUGACUUCUUGUAGCAGGAUUUCACUUAUUGAGAACAAAGAAUUAGUGGUUGGAGAAGAUUUGGCUGAAGGUGAGGCAAAGGUGUUAAUGGAAUAUGGUUGGACACCAAAUAGUGGCCUGGGAACCAUGCUUAACUACCGCGACCGAGUUGUGCAUGAUAGGAAACAUGAGGACACUACGGAGUGGCGCACAAAAAUAGGGAAGUUGCUGAUGGAUGGGUUUAAUGGUGGAACCAUUGUGACACCCAACAUCCCAAAAAAAGUUGCAGAAUACAGGUGCUCAAGCUCCUAACAUAAACUGUAACAGUCCAAUGUGAUUAGAUGAUAUGAUAGCUUGUGUAGAAAGUAGAAACUGUUUGCAUGUGUAAAUUGUGUAUUUAUAUUUUAUAUGAUUCCAUUUUCCAGACUGAGACCUUGCUAUGAUAGAGUAGUUCAAUCUGAAGCUUUUAAGUUUCAACAUUUAUCACAAAGUACAACAUAUCCUCUAACUUUAUGUUUGGAUUGACAGAAAGGAUGGGAUAAGAAAUUAUUCCAUUGCUUAGGUUGUUUAUUAUAUAGGCUGAAAUAAGAUGAUAAAAUGGGACAUGGUGGUA